CCUAAUCCAAAUAUUCUUCUAAAAAAGUAAACAAGUAAACAGUUUCCUACUCCAAAUGCAAACUGAUAUUUCUCUCUUUCCUGCAAAACCCCACAGGUCCCAGCCCUAUUUAAUAAUCUUUUUCCAUCCUCCUUCUCAUCACGUACGUUGUAAUUCUCCUUUAAUUUAUAUUGAUGACCAUGAAUGUGGUGGUGACUAUCUGAUAGAAAACAUUAUCUGUUUAGCUUUGAACUUAAGCUUGAUACCUUUCUAAAACCUCUUUCUAAUCCCUGUCCAUGGCCACUGUUUCCCCUCUUCCCCCGUCAUUUCAGCACCCAACCACUAAUUCAAAGUUUAAGUCACCAAUGCUUCAACCUUACUUAGAGCAACUACAAGAACAACACAAACUACAGCUUCAGCCGCAGCAACAAGAUGCUGUUGAGCAGGUAGAUAAUGAGCCUGAGCAGAGUCCCCUUAUCCAAAACCUGAGCUCAUGUCCUAAUCAUGGUUUGAUCAAUCAGUCAAUCUCGACUCUAUACCGUGUUUCAUUCAAUCAAAACAGUAGCUGUUUUGCCAUUGGCACUGAUCGUGGCAUUACAGUCUAUAGCUGUGACCCUUUCAGAAAAAUGUUUCAACGGUACUUUGACAAUGGAGGUGGUAUUGAAAUUAUUGAGAUGCUCUUCUGCAGCAACAUACUUGUCUUUGUUGGAAGUGGAGAUAAUCCACAAUAUCCUCGAAACAAGGUCAUAAUUUGGGAUGAUCAUCGGAGCCGCUGCUUGGGCGAACUCUGUUUCCGGUCGGCUGUGCGUAGUGUCCGGCUUCGACGUGACUGCAUCGUAGUUAUACUUGAGCAGAAGAUAUUUAUAUAUAAUUUUGCUGACAUGAAGCUCGUCCACCAGAUUGAGACAAUUGUAAACCCAAAGGGACUCUGUGAGAUUUCACAAGCGGCUGGAUCACCUGUGCUGGUGUGCCCUGGAUUACGAAAUGGUGAAGUUCGUGUUGAGCAUUUCACUUCAAAAAGGACUAAGUUUAUUUUUGCGCAUGAUUCUAAGACUGCAUCUUUUGCACUUAGUCAUGAGGGGCAUGUGCUGGCAACAGCAAGUAUCAAGGGUACUCUUAUCCGGAUUUUCAGCACACAGGAUGGUACGUUAUUGCAGGAGGUGCGGAGAGGUGCUGAUAGAGCAGAAAUUCACAGUGUUUCAUUCUCUCCGACUGCUGAGUGGCUAGCAGUCUCUAGUGACAAAGGCACUGUUCAUCUUUUUAGGAUCAAGCAUCUUGGGAACCAGGAUAAGACAAAUACUCCUCCUAAUUCCCGUCUUACUCUGGCGGCAUCAAGUUCACCAUUCUCCUUCAUCAAAGGAGUGCUUCCAAAAUAUUUUAGCUCAGAAUGGUCAGUGGCGCAAUUCCGGUUGCCUGGUGACUCCGAGUAUAUUGUCACAUUUGGUCACGAAAAGAAUACAUUGAUAAUUCUUGGCUUGGAUGGAAGCUUUAUUAGAUGCAAAUUUGACCCAGCCUCUGGCAAAGAGAUGACUCAGUUGGAGAUUCACAAUUUUCUUAAGUCUGAUAAGGCCUCAUAAUGGAACGUGGCAUCGGCUUUCCUGUCUAUGCAAGGGUAGUAUUUGCUUCCCUUAGUUGCACCUGCUUUCCAGUCGUAGUAUACACUAUUGUAAAUAUCGUAUAUAGUGAGUAAAACAGUAGGUAUAACCAACAGUUUUGAACUAGUUGAUGUAAAGAACAUCGACUUAUUAAUAUGUUACCAAAAUUGUAAAACAUAAUUCAGUUUAGAGCCACAAAACCGUUACUCGUAGCAAAAUAUGUUCUUUUUUGUUCAA